AUGGCCAGUGAUGAGUCCAGUGUGCGUGUUGCAGUCAGAAUCCGCCCACAAACACCAGCGGAAGUGGUGGAAGGAUGCGGUAUAUGCGCACGCGCAGGCGGCGCGGCGGGCGAGGGCGGUGUGGCGCUCGGCUCGGAGCGUGCCUUCACCUUCGACUACGCCUUUGAGCCCGCGGCACACCAGCAGGAAGUGUAUGAUACAUGCGUGAGGAAACUAGUGGAGGCGGCCCUCGACGGAUACAAUGCGACCGUACUAGCAUAUGGACAGACUGGCUCAGGCAAAACCUACACAAUGGGGAGUGGGUGGGAAGGGGAAGACGUAGGGGAAGAUAAAAGAGGAAUUAUCCCUAGAGCGAUACGUGACCUCUUUGCCGGCGCCGACGAAAGGGCUGAAGCAGCAAGGUCACAAGGACAGCUACCCCCAGAAUUUUCAGUACAAGCUCAAUUUAUAGAACUAUACAAUGAAGACAUAGUAGAUUUACUAGAUCCAGCCAAAGAUCCAUUUGCAAAGGGCACUUUAAGGAUAACGGAGGAUGGAUGUGGUGGAGUCCGUAUCGUUGGGGCAUCUAUGCGUGCAGUGCGGGGCGUUAAAGAAGCCCUAGGUGCUCUUCGCGCUGGCGCCCUAGCCCGUACCACAGCUGCCACUAACAUGAACUCCUCGUCUUCUCGAUCCCACGCUGUAUUUACACUUUUACUCAGACAAAGAAGGCUAGCGCCUGACCAAGAUUCGGUAGACAGAGAGGCGGAUGGGGAAACCCCCGAACAAUAUGAGACGUUAACUGCCAAAUUUCAUUUCGUUGAUUUAGCUGGAUCAGAACGACUUAAACGAACUGGUGCUACCGGGGAACGAGCUCGUGAAGGAAUAUCGAUAAAUUGUGGUUUAUUAGCGUUAGGUAAUGUGAUAUCGGCAUUAGGUGACAAAUCACGCAAAGUUUUACACGUUCCGUAUCGGGACUCUAAGUUGACGAGGCUAUUACAAGAUUCAUUAGGAGGUAAUAGCAACACAGUGAUGAUAGCAUGCGUGUCGCCGAGUGAUAGAGAUUUUAUGGAGACACUAAACACACUUAAGUAUGCAAAUCGAGCCCGUAACAUCAAGAACAGGUGUGUCGUGAACCAAGAUCUGACUUCGAGAACUAUUAGCCAACUCCGACAUGAGGUGGCACGACUGCAGCUUGAGCUGGCCGAAUAUAAACAGGGCAAAAGGGUUGUAUCAGAAAAUGGUGAAGAGGGCUGGAGCGACGUCGUCCAAGAGAACGCCAUACUGAACGCAGAAGUAGAGUCGCUUAGACGGAGAGCGAAAGCGAUGCAGGGUACGAUAGAUCAACUUUCCGCUAGAAAUAGUGAACUGAUAGCGGAGAAGGCUUUAGGCAAUUGGGCUCCAAAAGAUGGCAGUCCCGAUGCUACGGAUUGCUCUUUAACUGCUUUAGUUCAGGGCUACGUAAGUGAAAUAGAGGAUUUACGAGCGCAACUGAUGGAAUCAAACGCGCUGUACGAGGCAAGCCGAAAGCGCGAAGCGCGCACACGCCACGACUCCUCCAUGCUCGAUGCGUCUACGAUAUUGGAUGAUGCCAAGCGGGAAUUAUAUAAGGAAAAAGAACUGUUAGCAAGAAGUAUGGGUGAAUUGGAAUUCCAACGUAAAUUAACGGAGGGCUCUGGAGCGCAGCCCUUAGAAGAACGGGAGAGAGCAGAGGGAGAGAGUGCAGGUGACUCUGAUCCCUCUGACAACGAAGCCGACCAAGAUCAGGAAGGUAGUGAUUCCGAAGAAGAUAUUGAAGCUAAGGGUCAACGUCUUCUAACAGACCAACUCGCAGCUCUGAGCGAAGAUAUCGACACAAAGGCCCGUCUAGUGGAACAGUUAGAGGCUUCCCAGCGCAGGCUCGCCGCGCUGAGGACGCACUACGAGCAGCGGCUGGACCAGUUACACGCACAGAUCAAGGCCACGGGCGAGGAGCGGGAUAAAGUGCUGGCGUCGUUGGCAUCCCAACCAUCACAGCCGAGCGACAAGCUGAAGCGUGUGAAGGAGGAGUACGAGCGGCGCGUGAGCACGAUGUCGCGCGAGCUGCGGCGGCUGCAGGCGGCGCAGCGCGAGCACGCGCGCCUGCAGCGCUCGCAGCAGCACACCGCGCAGCAGAUACACGCGCUUAGGAACGAGCUCACCAACUUGAAGCGGGAUAAAGUAAAACUAGUCCAGCGCAUGCGAACAGAAUCUAAACGCCACGCUCAGGCAGAAGCAGCUCGAGCCAAAGAAGUGGCUCAGUUGCGAAAAGAAUCUCGUAAGAAUGCAAACUUAAUAAGAAGUCUGGAGGCUGAAACCAAAUUGAAGGAACAAGUUCUGAAGCGGAAGCAAGAGGAAGUAUCGCUGUUGCGUCGCGGACAUCGAGACAAGCUCAGUAGCCGCGCCGCCGGGCGGCUGUAUGAGCGUCCCCGCAAGCGUAUCUCCGGGCGCGAGCUGUGGUCCAAGCUGGAGUGUUGGCUGUCGCGCGCGUGCGCGGCGCGCGUCACGCUGGGCGAACUGGAGGCCGCGCUGGAGCACCAGCUGCGCCAGCGGGACCGCGCCGCCGCCCCCGGCGCCCCCGCCGACGCCGACAGCGCCGCGCUGCGCGCCUAUCUGAGGGACGCCAUUGCUGACACGCAGUCGCAGAUUAUGCAGAUUGAGGAGGAGAACGAGGAGACGGAGCUGCCGCGGCUGCUGGCGCUGGCGGAGGGCGAGGCGGCGCGCCACGCGGCCGAGCGCCUGGCGCACGCCGCGCUGCAGCACGCGCACGACGCCGCGCGCAUGCGCCGCGCGCUCGCCGACACGCGCGCGCAGCUGCUCGAGCUUGAGGAGAAAUCAGAGAGAACAGCGAGCGCUCUCCGCGCCGCCGAGGACCAGAACCUGAACCCGUGGGGCGUGCCCGCCGCGCUGGCCGCCCUGCUGGCUCACGUCUCGUCUGGUACCUCGACACGAUCCGUCUCGCCUAUUGACAGUGCACUGCUAGAAGUGCGGCCGCCGGUGAUAGGGCACCGGGAGUCUAACACCGCGCCCGCCUCGCCGCCGGACGACAACAGCAACUCGCCCUUCCAUAGAAAUACAGGUCGUCGCGGGUCGGUGCGCCUGCGCGACCUGGGCGUGUACUCGCGGCAGGAGGACGGCGCGGACCCCAUGACGCAGUCCAUGGUGGAGCCCACCAGCCCGCGGCCGGCGCCGCUCAGCCGCGUGCCCAGCGCGCCCGGCAGCUUGCGAGGUCUACAACCAAUGCCAGGGCUAGCGUCCCCGGUGGCCGCGCGCCGCGCGCCCGAGAGCCCGCGCCUGCCGCGCCGCCAGCUCUCCAAGCCCGCCUCCUUAGAGCCUGCCGGUGAAGGUACGCCUCCCGCGUCGCCCGGCGCCGCUCGACGGACGAGGGACGACGAUGUAUUUCUGCGGCUAACUGGCGCCGCCCCAGAGCAUGCACCUCAAGGGACUGUCAAAGAAAUCACUUUAAAACGUUCAAGUGUAGGUGGCGGCAGCGUGGGCGGCAGCUCGUGGCUGCAGUGCACGCACGUGGCGGAGGGGCACGUGGGCGCGGCGCUCUCCCUCGCACCCACGCCUCGUGCGUUGUAUAGCGGCGGAGUGGACCGCACGGUGCGCGGGUGGGACCUACAGGCGGGGCGCGAGGCGUGGCGCGCGUGGUGCGGCGGCGCGGUGGUGGCGCUGGCGGCGCACGCGCCCCUCGACCCGCGCCUCGUGCUCGCCGCCGCGGGCGCCGCCGUCAAGCUGUUCGACACGAGAACCAGUGGCCCUAAUGCUGUUUUAUGGUCAUCAGGAGCAAAUGGGACUAAUGCAGCAGUGCGCGGCGGAGAGGCGGCCGUGACGGCCAUCUCGCUUGCGUCCCAGCACCGCCUGUACAUGGCCGCCGGGGACAAGCUGCGCGUGUGGGACCUGAGGAUGCUGGAGUGCGUGUACAAGGCGUGGUCGGGGCACGCGGCGGCGGUGGUGUGCGUGGCGCGCGAGCCGCUGGCGGCCGGCGCGCGCCUCGCCACCGGCAGCCGCGACCACUGCGUGCGCGUGCUCGACCUCGUCGAUAACAACGGUACGUGGGAGGCGUGCAACCGGCGGCUGCUGGAGCCGCCGCACUACGACGGCGUGCAGGCGCUGGUGCUGCGCGGCGCGCUGCUCUACUCCGCCUCGCGCGACUCCAGCCUCAAGUGCUGGUCGCUCGCCGACAACACUCUCACACAUAGCGUGAUGAACGCGCACAAGGGGUGGGUGACGGGGCUGGUGGGCGUGGGCGCGGGGCUGGCGAGCGCGGGCCGCGACCAGGCGCUGCGGCUGUGGAGCGCCGGCCUGCGCGCCGCCGCGCCGCCCGCGCCGCUGCCCGACGCGCCCGCCGCGCUCGCCGUCUGCGCCGACACGCACGCCAUAUACACCGCCGGCAGCGGCGGCGAAGUGCGUGCGUGGCGCCUCGUCGAGCCC